AUUUGCAAGACAACCAAAACUCCAAGCAAAACAUGGCUGGAAACACGAGGCCACAGUAUGCGCUGAUCACAGGAUGCACGCCCGGCGGCAUUGGGCACUACCUCGCCCUGGAAUUCGCUCAGAGGGGCUUCCACGUGCUAGGCACCGUCCGCGAUCCCGCCAAAUACCCUUCCCCCGACCCCCGGAUAACCUAUCUACCCCUAGAACUCACCAGUAACGACUCCAUCGCGUCCCUCCACAAACGCGUGACCGAAAUUACCGGAGGCAAACUCGACAUCCUCUACAACAACGCAGGCCGCAACUAUGUCGUACCCGCACUAGACUAUGACGAAGCCGAGCUGCACGAGCUUUUUCAAGCAAAUCUCUUCUCCCUCAUGAAAAUGUGCAGCACUUUUGCUCCACUCCUCAUAGAAGCAAGAGGCAUAAUCGUGCAGACGGGGUCGCUAGCAGGUAUCAUGCCGUAUGUAUGGGGCGCGCCGUACAACGCUGUCAAAGCGGCGCUACACGCGUAUUCCGACACUCUACGCGUUGAACUUGCGCCGCUGGGCGUCCGCGUCAUCACUGUUGUCACGGGCGGCGUGAAAUCAAAUAUCGCGCGUCAAGAUCGCACGCUACCGCCUGGCUCAUAUAUGCAGCCGCUGGCGGCAGAGUACCAGAGAAGACUCAAGCAUAGCCAAGAGCUCGGCAUGGACACCAAGCAGUAUGCGCGCAGCUGUGUAAAACAGGUCCUCGCUGGCGACGGCUUGUUCAGCAAGACAAGAUGGAUAUGGGAGGGUAAGAUGAGCUGGAUUGUAUGGUUCGCGUGGACUUAUCUGCCGACCGCAGCCCUGGAUUUCUAUUUCACAACGACGUUCAACUUGAAUAAGCUUCGAGGAACUGCGGGGCCGGAUAAGAAAGAAGACUGACUAAAGAUGCAACUAGAUUAUUGAGGAUCAGCAGAAUGAACAAGAUUGCCGUUUGAUGAGCUGGAGCACAUCUGGUCAUGGCAGUCCUGAUGACCUAUGGUCGCGCACUUCCUUUUUCUGCUAAUCAUCACUUGGUAGAGAAGAAUGACAAUCUCGAGAGACACCCCAGCUCAGACAUAUCUCUCAGUCUCAGAAUGCAUUUUUCCCGGGU